AUGGGUGACCUAUGGAUACUUCUGUUUUUGCCAGUGUCCCUGGUAGCCUUUCAUGGUGUCAAAGGCUGUUUGGAAUGUGACCCCAAGUUCAUAGAUGACGUUAUGACCUUGUUGAGACACCUUGUACCUGCACAAGUCCCUGGGAGAGCUCACCUGCUUGCCAGGCAGCAUAAGGAGAUAAUCCACUUAAGCUCCAAGGUCUCCCACAAGGAUAAGACACUUCGGUUGAUGGCUGUUGCAAAUGCUGUCAAAUUGAGAACAUGGAUGAAGGAUGAAUUUUAUAGACUGGGAAAUGAAACAUGGAAAGGUGUCUUUAUCAUUCAAGGCAAGCUCGUCAAGGUCCGCCAAAACUUGGAAAUCAAAGUGAAAGAUAUGCUAAGGAAUUUCUCUGAAGUUGCUUGUUCAGAAGAUUGCAUUGUAACCGAAGGUCCUGUCCUUGACUGCUGGACCUGUUUUCGCAUGACCACCCGGUGUUUCAGAGGAGACUAUUGUAAAGAUGAGAAUCCAAAGAAGGCUGAAAAUCGAGAGAUUUCUCUAUAUCUGAUGCUCAUGGCAGAAGCUGUAAUAUUGGCAAGUGCUGUGUUACUAUUCCAUAUUUGUGUCUUACAUCGAAGGAAAAUGAAGGUAAUACGAAGGACAUUGAAGACAUAUUUGGAGAAGAAACUUGAAGAACUAGUGGGGAUGAUAGAUAAGGAUGAGGAGCGAAAGGAUUUGGAGACAUGGAAAUCCACUUCACGGUCUCAGACAGGUGAUACUUCAAGUGUUGAGUCAGAGAUGCAAACUGGGACUUGA